AUGAUGAUUAUAAAGAGAAAAUAUCAGCAUUGGCUCCAAACAACAAGCCAUAGCACAGGCAAAAUCACCUCGACGCAGAUAAGUAAAAAAAAGAAGCAGAGGACAAUGACGGGACUGAGCUCUUCAUGUGGAGCAUGCAAGUUCCUCCGAAGAAAGUGCUUGAGUGAAUGUGUAUUUGCACCUUACUUCUGUUAUGACCAGGCUGCAACACAUUUUGCAGCAGUGCACAAGGUAUUUGGUGCCAGCAAUGUUUCAAAGCUAUUAUUGCACAUACCAGUGGAGAAUCGAAGCGACGCUGCUAUCACCAUAUCAUACGAAGCACUAGCCCGGAUGCGGGAUCCUGUAUACGGUUGCGUGGCUCAUAUUUUUGCGCUGCAACAACAGAUAGCAGGCUUACAAGAGGAGAUAGAAUUUCUCGGGCACCAAAUAGCUAAUCUCACAGUCGGUAUUGCUAGUCAUGGAAGUUCGCAAACAGCUAUGAACUCCAAUUCUGACAUACAGGUUUCUUCACUUCAAGAUGCCAUGAUCGCUGAAUAUUAUCAGAAUAAUAUUUCAGCAUAUACAGCUGAAAAUCAAGCUUUCGACAACCAAAUGAACAUAGAACUGCCUCCAUUAUAUGAAUUGGAAGACCAAGUCCCUUUCUGUGACUUCAGCCCAAAUUCUUUAGACAGCCUCCUAGCAAGUGACCAAGAGAUCUUCCCAUAUUAUUUACCAUUAGACAGCGGAAAAAAUACAACCUGAUGAAUCCAACCAGAACCAAGAAACAUAGUUUUACCGUAGCUUGUGCAGCAGAUGUUUUUUCGCUCCAUCUGAGGGCAAUUUUGUUUUUACAUCUGUAAUUCUAUCUAUAUAGAUACCAUUUCAAGUUAAGGGUGCAGGCUCA